UAUGACUAUAUAUAUAUAUAUAUGUAUGUAUGUAUCUGCAAAGUUACUAGUACCAGCACAUGGUUUGUGCCGAACCAUAGGAAGCAAAAAAGGAGACAAAGGCCAAAUGGAUAGAGCAUUUAUUACCUUAUGGGGGUGUUGGUUUUUUAGAUUGGCUUAUUAAAUUAGAACAAUGUUAUGUCAUUGUUAAUCUUACAAGUUACGUAAGUUUAGAUUCUUGAAAGCCUACUUUUAAGACAGAUCUCAAGCUCAUAAAUCUAGUACAGAUGUCGUGUGGAGACUUUUGAAACUCAUUCAUUUGUACAAUCCAAGCACUUUUAAUUCUUACACUACAAACUUAGGUCUUCCCACUCCAGAUUAUGGAUCUAGAAAGUGUUUUUGUGCACUUAGAAAGUCAUUACAAAAUGGGCUCUUAGAUAACACCAAUUGGGAUUUCCUUAUAGGAAGCUUUGUGCAGGCUAAUUCAUGAAGGGAAUAAGAUUGUUGGAGAAAAGUGAAUUUGAAGCUGAUUGUUUGUAGCAGGGAUAGGGAUCAUUGUUCAUGUUUUGUUCAAACUCUUUUUAGAUCCAAAGGACGAAAGCUGAAGACAAAGAGGAUGCAUGCAUGCGUCUAUUAGGGAGACCAAUUACUUGCUGGAGAACAGAUUGGAACUUAGGAACGAGGAAUUUCGCUACUUUAGUACGUUGGGACUUUAGAUAAGCUAGUCACUGUGCUGCUCUCAUUCUCCCUCUGUUUUUCAAGAGACUGUUCUUCACAUCCUGAAUACACUUUCCUUGGCUGACCCCAUUUUCAAGAUUCCUCCACUGUCUCUGUCUGUCUCUGUCUACAGAUUUGGUAAAGCCAGGGAGUUAAGUUCAGUGGGUCUCUUUCUGCUUCCCAUCUCCUUCUUCCUUCUGAUGGAAAUGAUUUUGUUAUAGAACCCAGAAAGAUGAUGCAAGAUCUGUUGCAGAACAGGAAUUCAUGGAACUUCUUCGAUGCCACUAACAAGGCUCUGUUUUGGAGCUUCACUUUCUUUUUCCCUCUCCUUCAUUUUCCCUCUUUUGCUCUUAACAGCGAUGGCGCCCUCUUGUUGUCUCUCAAACGCUCCAUUCUCGGCGAUCCCUUGUCCGUUUUCGCUAAUUGGAAUGUUUAUGAUGCCACACCCUGUUCCUGGCGUGGAGUCACCUGCACCGACCUCCGUGGCUAUGGCGGCGGAUGGCCGGAUUUGCUCAGAGUCACUGCCGUCUCACUCCCUGGCAGCCAGCUUCUGGGUUCCAUUCCUGAUGAGCUGGGAAGGAUCGAACACCUUCGUCUUCUUGAUCUUUCCGGUAAUUUCUUUAAUGGGUCUCUCCCGGUUUCCAUUUUCAAUGCUUCGGAGCUUCAGAUUCUUUCUCUUUCGAACAAUGUAAUCUCCGGGGAGUUGCCGGCGGAUAUUGGGGGUUUGAAGAGUCUUCAGGUUUUGAAUCUGUCUGAUAAUGCGUUGGCCGGGAAAGUGCCCGGAAAUCUCACUGCUCUGAAGAAUCUCACCGUCGUUUCUCUGAGGAGUAAUUAUUUCGUCGGAGAGAUUCCUGGGAAUUUCAGUUGGGUUGAGGUUUUGGAUUUGUCUUCUAAUUUGCUCAAUGGGUCUUUGCCGGCGGAUUUCGGUGGGGAAAAACUACGGUCUUUGAACUUCUCUUACAAUAAAAUUUCAGGUCCCGUUCCACCGGAGUUCGCGAAGUGGAUUCCGGCGAAUGCGACGAUGGAUCUCUCUUUCAACAAUCUCACCGGAGCGAUUCCUCAGUCGGCUGCUCUGCUCAGCCAGAAAACAGAGGCGUUCGCCGGAAAUGAGGAUCUCUGUGGGAAGCCAUUGAAGCACCUCUGUUCGAUUCAUUCCUCACUAACAAUUCCCCCAAAUGUUUCUGAAAUUUCAUCUUCUUCUCCGGCAAUCGCCGCCAUACCGAAAACAAUCGGCUCUAUUCCAGCAACAAAGUCCCCCGGAGGUCCAAACGGGACGCAAACUUCUCAGCCGCAAAACACCAUGAAACCCAUCACAAUAGCCGCAAUCGCGGUCGGAGACCUUGCCGGAAUCACCAUUCUGGCCAUCGGGAUUCUCUACGUCUACCAUCACCGGAAACAAACAAGUCCCAAUUCCAAAACCUCUAAAUCCGCCGAGAAGAAGCCGCCGAUUGGCUCAGACCAAGACCGCCAUAACACCCAAAAAAAACCUUCAUCGGUGUUGUUCUGUUUGGCCAACAAAGGAGAAGAUACAUCGGAGGCGACAAGUUCUUCCGACGGCGAAGAACAGAGGGAGCAAUCCGGAGCAAACUACGGCGGAGUGAACAGAGACAGUAAGAAAAACGGCGUGCUGGUGACAUUGGACGGAGAAACGGAGAUGGAAUUGGAGACAUUGUUAAAGGCGUCAGCAUAUAUACUUGGAGCAAGUGGCGGAAGCAUCGUGUACAAGGCGGUGCUGGAGGACGGUACGGCGUUCGCCGUCAGAAGGAUCGGCGACGUCAACUUUGAGAGAUUGAGGGAUUUCGAGGCGCAAAUGAGAGCCAUUGCUAAGCUUCGACAUCAAAAUUUGGUGAAAAUUCGCGGGUUCUUUUGGGGAGAAGAUGAAAAGCUCAUAAUCUAUGAUUACGUCUCCAAUGGCUGCCUUGCAACCUCCAUUCACAAAAAACAGAGUUCAUCGUCUUCUUCCCAGAUCCAUCUAUCAUUUGAAGUCCGACUGAAAAUCGCCAGAGGAAUCGCCAGAGGAAUGGCUUUCAUCCACGACAAGAAGCACGUCCAUGGCAACCUGAAGCCUUCCAACAUCCUGUUAAACGCCGACAUGGAGCCCUUAAUCACCGAUCUCGGCCUCAACAAGCUCCUCUCCCGCAGUUCCAAGAUCGCCUUCGCCUCCACUUCAUCCCGGAACUUCGGCAGCCACAGAUCCACGCCGAAUCGCGAUCACCAUGACGGCGGCGGCGGCGGAGGAAGCCCCGCUGUGAGUAUGGGAUCGGCGUACCAGGCGCCGGAAUCGCUGAAGAAUCUGAAACCGAGCCCUAAAUGGGACGUGUACUCGUUCGGGUUGAUUCUGGUGGAGCUUCUGAGCGGGAAAAUUGUGAGGGAGAGGGAGGGCGGCGUUGAAGACGAGGGGCGGAUGAAGAAGAUGGUGGAUCCGACUAUUAGAGGGGAAUUGGAAGGGAAAGAGGAGGCUGUAAUGGAGAUUUUUAGAUUAGGGUUUAGGUGUGCUUGCUUUGUGCCUCAAAAGAGACCCACCAUGAGAGAGGCUGUCCAAGUUCUGGAAAAAGUUUGUUCUUCCUAGAGCUAAUUGAUUUGAUCAUGGAGUUUCUUCUAUUUCUCAGCCUCCAUCUUUUCCUCUUCAA